CCAAGAUGGCGGCGCACAAGGAGCGUAACGUUUGCGUUUCUAGGAUCUUCGGGCCGCUGGUGGCUUAAGACUGGUGUUGUAGGGGCCCACACUAGACUAGUCGUCUGGAAGGAACUUAGACUUAGGAGAUGGCUCUGAGUAAAUCAAUGCAUGCAAGAAAUAGAUACAAGGACAAACCUCCUGACUUUGCAUAUCUGGCUUCCAAAUAUCCAGAUUUUCAGCAGCAUGUUCAGAUAAAUCUGAAUGGAAGAGUGAGUCUUAAUUUUAAAGACCCUGAAGCAGUCAGAGCUCUGACUUGUACUCUCCUAAGGGAAGAUUUUGGACUUUCUAUUGAUAUUCCGCUGGAGAGACUAAUUCCCACAGUUCCCUUGAGACUCAACUAUAUUCAUUGGGUAGAAGAUCUGAUCGGUCAUCAGGACUCUGACAGAAGUACUCUCCGAAGAGGAAUUGACAUAGGUACUGGGGCAUCCUGCAUCUAUCCUUUACUUGGAACAACCUUAAAUGGCUGGUAUUUCCUUGCAACAGAAGUAGAUGACAUGUGCUUCAACUAUGCAAAGAAGAAUGUGGAACAGAAUAACUUAUCUGAUCUUAUAAAAGUGGUAAAAGUACCACAGAAGACACUCCUGAUGGAUGCUCUUAAAGAAGAAUCUGAGAUAAUCUAUGACUUUUGUAUGUGCAACCCUCCCUUUUUUGCCAAUCAGUUGGAAGCCAAGGGAGUAAACUCUCGAAACCCUCGAAGACCCCCACCUAGCUCGGUAAAUACAGGAGGGAUCACAGAGAUCAUGGCAGAAGGAGGCGAAUUAGAGUUCGUUAAAAGGAUCAUCCAUGACAGUUUACAGCUUCAAAAAAGAUUAAGGUGGUAUAGCUGUAUGCUGGGAAAGAAAUGCAGCCUGGCUCCUCUGAAGGAAGAACUUCGAAUACAAGGGGAAGAAAGCCCACAACUGUGUCGAGAGGUUCCUAAAGUCACCUACACUGAAUUCUGCCAAGGUCGGACAAUGAGGUGGGCUUUGGCUUGGAGUUUUUAUGAUGAUGUAACAGUACCAGUAAGUAGAGACCUUCCUUUAGCUUCUCUGAAUUCCAGCACAUGGUGGGUUUUAGUAGGUCAUAAAUGAACUAAAUCUGUACUGUCCUGUUUUCCUGAAGUCAGGUACAAAAACUUUGUGGGUAUGAUUAUUCUGUUAGAUAUUCCUCAAGCACUGAAAUUGAAGUCUGUUUAUUUUCUGUUAACACUACUGUUUUCCUAGAGUAGCUAUCUCCUGGGGUUCCUGGUGGAUGUAGAAAUUACCAUUUGGGGUUGCAGGCUUUUGAUGUGUAAAACUUAGAGAUCAUUCCAAUGAAGGGUUCUGUCUCGGCUUUAAGAUUAGCACUGGAAUACUGAUCAGUUUUGAAGCUGGGUGAUAGUUCAUUACCUUAUUUUGUCUACUUUGCAUGUACUUGAGCUUGAACAUUCUUCCGUAAUAAAACGUUUUAAAACAUGAUUUGUUCCACAAAAUUCUCUUUGUUCUCUGUGUUGCUAUAUGCAAAAGAAAAAUGUUUCUGAACUGGUUAGACCGAAUAAUUUUUCUGGGCCGUGCUAAGAGGUAGUAAUAGAAUAGCAUCUGUUUGUUCUCACAUUUCCCUUGGAAGAAUGAUUGACUUACUGUUGCCUGGAGCUGUCCGCCUUAACGUUCAUGCACACGUUGCUCAGCGUGGGCUGCUUCUUCCCACAGUGUUUACGGAGGCCUAGUACCUGGUCCUUGCCGUCUCUAAUCCCCUGUCCACACCACAGGCUUGUUCUGGGUGCUCCUCUCCCAAGGUCUUGGCCACGCUUGGUCUCCAGAGCCUCUCUUAAAUGUUGCUGUGUCUAUGAGGCUCUUUCCUUCUCCCAUAGGGCAGAGGAGUAGAGACAUGUGCAGAAGUACAAGGGGAUGAUUUGCAGAUGUUUCUGAAUACAUGAGCUCAGAUUUGAAACUGAGCCUUUCCUUCCUGUGCUCUGCAGCUAGGUGUGCUGCUGGAUUGAAAUAAGUUUCCCAGUCAAGUCUGAUUGGCCUGCCUGAUGGAAGCCUAGACUUGCCUCUGUGCCAUGCAGUAGGGUAUCUAGAGGUUUGUGUUUGAAAUUCUCACUGGUUAAAAAAGAUGGUUCUGCUUUUUUGACCUCCCUGAGGGAUUAUCCUUUCUGUUGUCUUCUAGAACACUAGGGCUUUACCACCAAAUGGUUAAAAUAAUUAGUAAUGUCCUAGCUAUCCCUGUGCAGACACUAACAGCUGCAGGAAAAUGGAACUGCACCUGUUUCCAAAUGCAUCCUGUUUUACCUGCUUUCUGCACUUGUUGGUACCGCAGGCAGAAGAGCUGAUAAUGAGCUCUGGCACUCUUCAGGCCAUCUCAGGGACCAGCGUCACCCUUGCCCCCUUGGAUUAGUAGCUAUUUCAGAUCAGAGUAUCAAAGAGCACUAUGCUUCUGUGUAGCAAAAUCAGCUUACUUUACUUGCUCCCUCCCUCCCUGUCUUUUAGGCCGUCCUUGAGCUCUGUUCAUAGUUUCAGCCAUCAAAGGGUGCCUCUUGCUAAGGGCUUCAGGCUUCUCCCAUGCCAGGGUACUCAUCCCUCCCCACUGCUGCCCCCAACCCAAAGUUGUUAAUAAUGCAUUCCCAAGCAUUCCAUUAGGUACACUUAAACUGCUACAGGGAAAAUGGCAAUUUCUGACUUGUGGUAACCCAGCAACAGUUUCUUAGCACUGGUGCGCUUGAUCAGCAUCUGCUUUCCCAGAGGUAGUCCCAAGGCACUCGGGAAGUUUUUAGUGGACUGUCCUCUUGGUUCACCUUCCCUCUACCUGGACCUCUCCCACUCCUUGCUUUUGGAAAUGGUCACCUCAUUUCCUCCUCUUGCUCCUGUCAGUGGUGGAGAGGGAGGAGGAUAUGCUGCUUUAGGUGAGGAGAGGAAGCCAAGGACUAGAGCUAGUUAAGCAGAAAUAUUGACCUACUUCCCCAUCCCACCCCCACUCCCGCCUUUUUAGGGUAAAUGUGCAAGUUACUAUGGCAACUUCUGUUUUCACUUAUCUCAGGCCUACUGACUCGUUUCUGUUGGUGCUGAAUGCUGAAAAAUUGUAAUUCACUUCUGAUUCAGGUGCCCACACUAAGCCCAUUGCUCUUGUCUGGAUUUAUUUUAACAGCAAAAAAACGAGUCCUAGUGUUGAUAGAAUUUUGUACAUUCAUUUUUGACUGAUGACAAAUAUAAGGAAACAUAUUGUAAGGACGGUUCUUUACAGAAUUUUAACAAGCCACUUAUAAUGCCUCUUUGUCCGAGCUUCUCCUCUAAUUGCUCAAGGCAUUAUUUUAGGUUUGCUUUGCUUUGCUUUCAGAAGUUUGACACUUGUUAAAAGAAAAAGGGGGCUUCACUGGUGGCGCAGUGGUUGAGAGUCCACCUGCCUAUGCAGGGGACACGGGUUCGUGCCCCGGUCCGGGAAGAUCCCACAUGCCGUGGAGCGGCUGGGCCCGUGAGCCAUGGCCGCUGAGCCUGCGUGUCCAGAGCCUGUGCUCCGCAACGGGAGAGGCCGCAACAGUGAGAGGCCCGCGUACCGCAAAAAAAAAAAAAAAGAAAAAAGAAAAAGGGAAAAUAAUGUAGCUGUAGUAAAUUGUGCACUCUUGGUCUGAGCGUUGCCCAGGAACUCAGGUUUUGAAAAAUGACCUCCCUGGGUUCAAGACAUUUCCUUUGAGCCUGGGUCUUUCCUGUCUAGGGAGUAAUAACUAGAGGGCUUUUUGGAGAACAAAUGAAGGGAAGGGGUCAAAUUAAUUAUGUAACCUUGUUAGUGUCAGAGUGGGGGUCUUCUGAUAGUGCUCCACUUACUAUUCCACACGUUCUCAAACUAAUUCUAGAUAGAGGAGGGAUUCCGUGUUGGUGCCCAGGGGAUGACAGUUGGGGGCAGAUGUAAGGCUGGCACUUCAGGACUCUCUCUCAUUUUAACCGGAGCUGAUCUGCUUUUGUCAGUAUUAUGUGUUAAUUUUAUUUAUUGAAAGGAUUCUGCUGUUAAGACAUGGUUAGAAAACCAGUACUAUACCAGACUGUAUAUUAUGCUGUAAAACAGAUGUGAUGGUUAGGGAGCUGAGCUCUUGAACAAAACCAAAGCUAAGGCUCCUCCUCUUAAUUACUUUUCUUAUUAAGUGUGAUGUUCAUUGUGAUAAUACUGAAGAAAUAAGAUACCAUUUUCUAUACCUUAUGAUGAUUAGUUUUAUGGGAGAGA